AUGGCGGGUACCUGUUCGACGCUAUGUUUGAUUAUCAUCACUCUCUUCAUUCCUCCGCUCGGAGUCUUCCUCAUUUCCGGCUGUGGCGUUGAUUUCUGGAUCAACGUCCUCCUAACCAUCCUCGGGUACUUUCCCGGGCACAUUCAUGCCUUCUACUUGGAAUAUAUAUAUUACGACCGACGCAAUCGGGAUCCUUUGACUCGCGCGACCCAGCGACCUGCGCCGGGCGUGUACUCGGAUCGCAUUCAGAGCGGUGGUCACUCCAACGCCCGCAACUACGGCACAGUCUGA